AUGCGUUACCUGUCGAACGGAAUAAAUUUUAGCCUCCCCGGCACAGGCGGUGCUAACUGCGUUAGAUACCUGUCGGUCGAACAGAAGCUGCUCGAAACAAUACUUUCCUUUGCUCUUGGUAUUUACGAAGUUCGAAUUUCGCUGCCAAAGAUUCUGCGUUCGCCUGCCUUCCAACAAGAAGGACGAGUGCCGAACCAGCCGUCGUGCUCAGUCAGAUAUCUGCUCACUGCGUUGUUGGUACUCGCCUUUUCUGCCGAAAUCUUCUACAAAGUACUGACAGAGUCGUUGUUGUUCCUGCUCAACCCCUGUCAUGUGACGACCGUGCUGCAACUCAUCAGCUUGCUCAGUUACUCCCCUUCUUAUUUCGUGAGGCUGAUGUAUGGCAUCAGCAUGUACAUGGUGUCUGGAGCUACCCUGGCUAUACUGUUUCCGGUUACCAAUACCAGAUUGUACCCUGGCGAAGUACUUUCGUACUACAUUCAUCACUUCAUAAUGCUGCUUGUACCUGCGUACUUUCUGUCUUUGGGUGGCUUUUAUGGUCCUGAUUCAUUCAUAAACGCAGAUUUCUAUCGUUUCGUACAUGGCCUACUUAUGCUGUACAAUUUCGGCGUUUUGCAACUUGUCGGCACGACCGGUGGUAAGAAGAUAAUUGUCUUCAAAUUUGUAGAAGAGGCUCUCUGUGGUGGUAUGCCCUGCGUACUGAUUAAGAAUGUGAUCGUGGAUGCAGAUGACAUCCACGAGUUCACACAGGUGAACCUGAACUGUAUCCUAUGUCCUGCGGUUUCGGACCCCUUCAGUGGCAGAUAUUAUCGCAUCUGUGCUGUUAUUCAUCAGACGCUAUUUGUACCGGCGCACUGUUAUUUGCAUGUGACAUGUUCGCGGAAGCUUCUUCGUUAUUUGAGCAGCAAACGUAAAGGCAGAAAAUCUGUAGUGCCUCUUCCGGAAGACGUUAAAUAUUUCAUAAUGAAUGGCACUCACACUUGA